AUGGAACAAAUAAAAAGUAUUGAAGAAGAACAGUAUAUAAAUGAAAAGCCGCUGCUACAGGAAGAAGAAGAAGAAGAAGAUGAUGAUGAAGAAGAAGAAGGUACUAUAUAUAUCAAUGAAGAAACUGAAUUAGGUCGGGAAAAAAUAUUCAUAUCACACGCACCUGAGGAACGUAUAGUACCUCCAUUAAAUUUUUGUCCAGUAGAGAGAUAUUUGUACAGGUCAGGUCAACCUUCCCCGGUUAAUUUUCCAUUUUUACUAAAUCUAAAUUUAAAAACCAUUAUUUGGUUAGCUAAUGAAGAACCACAGGAUUCUUUACUGGAAUUUUGUGAUAAUUAUAACAUAAGUUUACAAUUUGCGGCUAUCAACCCAGAUGGUGGCGAAGACGACAAUCCAUGGGAUGGUUUGACUGAACACUCAAUAAUAAAUGCGUUAAAAACUAUAGUGAAUGUUAGCAACUAUCCUCUUCUUGUAUGUUGCGGGAUGGGCAGGCAUAGAACUGGUACUGUCAUUGGUUGUCUACGAAGAAUUAUGGGUUGGAAUCUAGCGAGUGUUUCAGAAGAAUAUAGAAGAUUUACAGGAAGCAGAGGGGGGAGAAUUCUGGUUGAGUUACUUAUAGAAGCAUUUGACACCAAGCUAGUAAAUAUUGAUGAAAGUGAGGCCCCAGAAUGGCUUGUAAAAGCAAUAACUUAG